AUGUCUUACGGACGACAACGAGGUGGAAGAUGGGGCAUGAAUUUUAUAUCACCCUCGGGACCUCAGACAAGCUUGUCCACUAAUCGCUUGCGUGAUGAAGGCCCUGGAGACUACUUCCGAUCCGGUUACUCAAGCAGUGCACUCGCUUCGGAUGUUUCGCGUAGUGGUGGGGCAGCCGUUCCUCCCCCGUCUUCGCUGUCUCGAAAGAGUCGUGGUUAUUCGGACCCAAAUGAGGUAUACACGAAGCAGGGCACCAUGAUCCCAACUCACAGUGUCAGUUCCUCCAGAGCGUUUGCAAAUUUGGGUCGUAAACGGGUUGCAGAUGAAGAUGAGUAA